CAACAGCUGAGCCUGAGAGGUGUACCUGCAGCAACAGACAAUCCCACAUUUUUUUGCUUUUUAAUUGUGGUGAAUGAAGUGUUUGGGUUGACAUACCGUGAGAUUUAUACUAAUGUUAAGGCAUAUACUCAAGAGGCACUAUGAUCCACUCGACAACAACCUCCUCUAUCCCCUCGCUAAAGGCAGUGAGUGCCUCCUGCAGCGUAUGUCCCUCCUGCAGGCGAUGGAGGUUCACCGGGGUUGUGUCAAUACUGUCGUGUGGGACACACCAGGAAACCUCUUGCUGUCUGGCUCUGAUGACCAACACCUCGUUAUUUGUGAUCCCUGGGAGCGCAUGACAAAGACACGCAUCCACACAGCGCACCGUGCGAAUAUCUUCAGUGCAAAGUUCUUGCCUCAAACAGGCAAUAGAAAGAUAAUUUCCUGCUCUGGGGAUGGCAUCCUUAUAUAUACAGAUGUUGAGAGGCAGGAGGAGACACACGACUGUAAGUUUACCUGUCACUUGAGCACAUGCUACGAUGUCAUCACUCUUCCCGAUGAUCCUAACACAUUCCUCUCGUGUGGGGAGGAUGGUUUUGUGCGCUGGUUUGAUUUACGAGCCAAAGAACAAUGCUCUGCGCGUAAUUGUCAGGAGGACAUACUCCUAAACAUGGGUCGUGCUGUGACUGCUGUGGCGGUCAACCCCAUCACACCUUAUCAUAUGGCUGUAGCAACACAGGACUCCACCAUCCGAAUAUACGAUCGACGCAUACUAGGCACCCGGGCAACUGAUUCAUACCUGGAACAAACUGACCGAGCACUUCUGAUGCGACUUAAACCUGACAACAUGGAGGGAAAGAAUCAUCGAGUAACGUCCCUGCGUUACAGCCAAGAUGGUCAAGAUGUCCUUGCCAGUUACUCCUCAGAUUAUUUAUACCUUUUUGACACACAGAAUUAUAAGGAAGUGUCCUUAGGAAUUCCGGCAGAUAAUGAUGUAGAAACAAAUUCAGGUCCCACACUCAAACGCCUCCGUCUCCGUGGCGACUGGUCAGACACUGGCCCACAAGCACUGCCAGAGAGUGAGAUGCGGAACCAAGCAGGAGAUGUAGGACAAGCAAGGCCAACCUUGCAUGCAACUCUUAUGCAAAGAAUGACAGAUGUUCUGUCGCGCAUGUUGAAUGAUCCUGGUACGAGAGCUUCCGUCCAGAACCGUUCAAAUUCCCUUGUAGAAACAAGUGGUGACAUGGAUGUUGGUGCUGAAGGUGGUCAGUUACCAUCCUCAAACACAGAUGCACAACCCUCUACUUCAGUACCUCCCACUGAGACUGUGAAUGCAUCACCUACCACAGAAGGUUCUGCAGAAGUAGUUCCUCAAUGUUCCCCAACCUCAGAGGCUAUUCCCUCGUGCUCACACACUGAUAAUUCUAGUGUCACAAAGCCUUUAGAGACAGAGUCACAAGCAAUACACCCCACAGACCAGACAACCUCGGAUUCUCACUUGUCAAGUUCCUCAGUGGAACAGCCUCCUCAACCUUCGCAGUCAGAGACAAAUGAAGCCACAACAAAUGAGGUUGAUAGUUCAAAAUGUGAUGCAAGUAACCAUAUUGAUGAAGACUCCUUAAACAGUUCACAAAGAUCAACAGAUCAAGAAAAUGUAAUAGACUCCAACUUAGAAGGUUUACAGGACAGGAUCUCAUCACUUAGGAGAGGAUUUGUACAAAAGCAUCAGGUUGAGCCAUCUGUGAAUUUGUCAUAUUCUGGGCGAGGGGUCGGCAGUGGUGUAAUAAGUCUGGGUGUUGGCGAUGAAGUGUCUCGAGGUAGUGGCCCUCACCAAGAGGUGGCAGAAGAACCCAGCAGCUCCCAGGCCACAUUAUUACUUAGCUCACCCCAGCCUCAGUCAAACCAAAUCUCUCAGUCCCACCAGACUUGUGAAGCAAGUGCGUUGCCUGAGCAACCCUCGUGUUCAUCGUCCUCUUCGUCGUUAUCGUCCUCAUCCUCCUCGUCUCGUCAACCCCAUGUAGCCAAGGCUCAUGUUUUACCCACCUCUAGCUCUAGUCCUGCCAUCUGUGAUAUGGAAGUAGAACCAUCAUCGUCUAGUCAAGCGGGACGAGGAGGGCCAGGGUCUGAGGCAAUAGCAACUGGAUCUUCUAGUCAUGGAACAAGAGCAAGUGAAUUCAACUUUGGACCUGCCCUUGAUUUUGGGGACGAUGAUAGUGAUGAUGAGUCAACAAGUGCAAGGACUGCUGGUGCACGUAUGGCUAGUGCAAUUGAGCGUGCAGUUCAGCGUGCACGGGGGGAACGUGCCCCGGGCGUUGGAGGGGAAGCAGAGGCCACAGUACCCCAGGCAGCUGUCAAGCAGUGUUAUAAAGGUCAUCGUAAUGCCAGAACUAUGAUAAAGGAGGCUUGCUUCUGGGGAGAUGAUCACGUUAUGUCAGGUUCAGACUGUGGUCGAGUGUUUGCAUGGGAACGUAAGACCGGCCGACUGGUAAUGCUGUGGGAGGCUGACCGGCAUGUUGUAAACUGCUUGCAGCCUCACCCAACUCUUCCUGUGCUAGCUACAUCAGGCAUUGACUAUGAUUUGAAACUGUGGGCCCCUUUAUGCGAAGAAUCACGCUUUGAUGAAGCUAAAGCUCAAGAGAUAACUCAGCGUAAUGAGGCUUUAUUAGAAGAGACACGCGACACCAUCACAGUACCCGCUACCUUCAUGAUUCGCAUGUUGGCUUCACUGAACCAGAUUAGACGUGGCACAUCGUUCGCUGAGCGAUGGAGGAAUCGACGUCAGGCACGCCGGCAAGGGGAAGGAGACGAUCAAGGUGGCAGUGGAGAAUAAAGAAAAUCAAGAAAAUCAUACCUGAUGCAUGUUUUGUUAUGAACUGACCUUUGAAGUGUUGAAUAAUACUUGCUCUAAACUCUUAAUGUUUUAGGGAGUGACUGAUGGCCUAAUUCAUUUACAUACAGUUCAGAAAUUUGUGAGAAGGAUGAAAAUCAUUGUCUCACUGCCCAUUGCUACAUCUCGCCUUACUUUUUGGGUGUUUAGUCUUCAAAAGAAUAUUACCCCAGGGUAAGGAGGAGUUUAGGUGCUAUUUUGAGCUUGGAUUGUUGUUAAACUGGGCUGUUUGCUGCCAUUUUUUUUAAUUUAUAGGAAACUAUCUUUUCCAUUUUGAUGGACAAGAAAAUUAAUUAUUUAAAAAUUGCAGCUAGAAAAAUUAAUAUAGGUUACAAUGAAGGACAACAAAUUUAUAUAUGCAUUUUCAGCUUUAUUAAAAAAAUAUAUAUAUCACAGUACCAAAGAAAUAUUUGUUAUAAUAUCUAAUUGGAUGUAAACUGUCUGUUGUUAAGACUUUCAGUCAUUGAGUCUCAUUAUGUAUAUUGUCCUAAGGCAAAAAUAAAUUAUGUUUAUUUACUAAUACAAGUACAAUGGAAAGAACUAUUAUACAAUAUGUAAUGAUUCAACUUGAAAGUUGUGGUGAGGCAUUUGUAUAAUAAACGAUGACAAUUCAUGCAGACACCAAUUAGUUGCCUUAACACAUAAAAGUCUGAUUCAACCUCGGACUGAUGAUAACAAAUUGCACUAAAGUGAUAAUGCUAGGAUAUCAGUACAUGUAUAAUACUGUUUUGUAGUGGUUAUUGCGGUGUAGUCUGUUCUUGUGCACCUUUUCCUCAUUACCAAAUCAAGUCAUAAUCUUUUUUCAUAGUGUGAGAUGAAAUUUUGAUACCAUGGCAUAGUAGGAAAUCUCGGGACUGUUAAACUCCAUGUGAUGUGAGUUUGAUCGCAUGGCCAGGCAGGGUUGGAGGGGUGUAAUUAUAUAUGGCAUGAUCAAAGCCCAUCACUCACGUUAUGUCAGGGCCCAUUACUAAACUGCCUCUGUAACCCUUCUUGCCUGGGGUUUGUCACAGAGCCUAUCACUCAUGUUAAGGACCUGCACUAAGCUAACCCUUCUCACCUUGGGGUCACCACUCUACAAAACUGAAGGAGACGACACAAAAGACGUAAGCUUUAGCUUAGUGAGAUAAGAUCACGAGCCACAGCUCAAGGCACGAUCAUGACAAACAAAUGAUAUUUUAAUACCGUCACUGAACAUUGUUAUUUUCUUCUGAUGUAGUCAUCCUCUGAGAUGUGUUUAGUUAAAGCUUGGUUGGGACCUCUGGAAGGUACUGAAGUGGUUAGAAAAUCUGGAUGAUAUUUCACAUCUUCUUUAUAUUCUUUUAAGUCAAACUGUCUGUAUUAGAUUUUUUAGGCUUAAUAAUAUAUUGACUGUAGUAA